AUGAGAUCCAACAUUGUAUCCGAGGCAGGAUUGCAGACUAGGCUGAAACAAUGGUGGGAAGGCAUACCUUUUCUCACAUCGGCAGUUAUGGUGGUUUGUGGCAUCAUUUAUCUUGUCUGCCUGUUGGCUGGUUAUGACUCGUUUGUCGAAAUAUGCUUCUUGCCGUCGGCUGUUGUUUCCCAUUUUCAAGUUUACAGGAUUUACACCGCUAUUCUGUUUCAUGGUUCUCUACUUCAUGUUAUGUUUAACAUGAUGGCAAUGGUUCCCAUGGGUUCUGAGCUGGAGAGGAUUAUGGGAUCAAUACGUUUGCUUUAUAUAAUAAUACUGUUGGCAGCAAGCAAUGCCCUAUUGCACCUGGUUAUUGCGUUAUUGGUUGCUCAUAAUCCUUUUCAUCCUGAUCAGUUUCUCAUGGAGCAGUGUUCAAUUGGCUUCUCGGGUAUCUUAUUUUCAAUGAUCGUGAUAGAGACAAGUCUUAGUGGAGUCCAGUCUCGCAGCUUCUUUGGACUUUUUAACGUGCCUGCUCAAUGGUAUGUUUGGAUAUUACUAGCUGUGUUUCAGCUCCUGAUGACAAAUGUCUCAUUGCUCGGACACCUAUCUGGUAUUUUGUCCGGAUAUGCAUAUAUAUACGGGUUGUUCAACGUCUUGAUACCUGGGACUUCCUUCUAUUCAUCCAUUGAGUCUUCUUCCUGGAUGUCUACUUGCGUGAGGAGACCUAAAUUUAUAGUGUGCACUGGGAAUCCCUCAGCUCACAUUCCCACAUAUUCCAGUCAAAGCACCACACCAAGUGGAUUGCUUUCUGGAAACAUUUUGGGUAAUCUUUCUUCUUGGAUGCCACAUAGAGAAAGUCCUGCGCAGACAGCCGAAGAGGAUGAUAGAUUUCCCGGUCGAGGGAGAACACUCGGUUCCAACACGAAUCAAGCAGAUUCACAUGCAAAUUCUGAUUCGACUUUACAAACAAGACUCUUAGAUGAUGUUGACAGCCCAAUUUCUAAUGGAAGGCCGGCUGUAGUAAGCAAUUCAGUGAUACCCACAAGAACACAGAACAAUCAGGCCUCCAUUGCAUCUGAAGGUGAAAUUCAGAAACUUGUAGCCAUGGGCUUUGAUAGGACACAGGUAGAAGUAGCAAUAUCAGCUGCUGAUGGAGAUUUGAAUGUUGCGGUCGAAAUACUUAUGAGCCAACAGGCGUAG